AUGAGGCCGAUUCUGUUGAUUAAUGCCACAAAACUAUCGAAUUUUGUCGGUGUUAGGUCAGCAAGCACUAGUCUUCAAGGAAAGGGACCAUUGAAGACGAAUUGGAAGCAAGACGUCGUUUAUUUGUACCAAUUCCCGCGACCAGCCAACAAAAUUCCAAAUCUCUCGCCAUAUUGUCUCAAAAUCGAGACGUUUCUACGCGCGAAUCGCAUUAAGCAUGAAGUUCAUGGCACUUGGCUGACAUUGAAACAAUCGCCAACUGGGCUUCUACCUUUUAUUGAGCUCAACGGACAGCAAAUUAGUGAUUCGCAAGUGAUCAUUUGGAAGUUGCAGAAACACUUUGAUAUCAAGGAUGAGCUGAACGGAUAUGAUCGCGGAGUUGCAAGAGCCGUUGAGCGAAUGGUUGAUAUUUCCACCAACUACGGUCUUUUAGUCGACAAAUCUGUGAAUAAUGCUCAUUUGUUGCUCUCGAGACAAGUUAGCAAUGCGCCCUUUCCGGGAAUUGUAACGAAUUGGUUGGCUAAAGGGUUCAGCGAUAAAAUGAGAAAACGUGUGAAUUCGGUGCUCGGCAAGUUGGACAAGGAUGAGCUGAAGGAGGUUCUUCGGAGAGAUAUUCAGGCUAUUGAUGAUAUACUUGGAGACAAGAAGUUCUUAUUUGGAGAUCGAAUCACAUCGACUGACUGUUCAGUUUUCGGCCAAAUUGCUGCUGUUUGCUACUUACCGUAUCGACAGCAGAUAACAGAUCUCCUCGAAGACGAUUUUCCACGCGUUCAAGCAUAUUGCGAUCGAAUUCGCGCUCAUUAUUUCCCAGAAUGGCGAGAUGAUUAG